AUGCCAGGGGUUCCACGUCGCAGGUUGUCUGAGGGUUUCGAAGGUGUCGGCGAAGACGUGGGCUCAAUCAUAGAUGGCUGCUUGGAGUUAGAGGAACAGUUGGGGAUUCUUCAUCAACGAGCUUCUUCCGGCUCCGAAAGUGACUCGUCAAGCCGGAUAGCAGAACUUGUGUCAAUGUUAUCAGAAGCCGCAGCAACCCAUGAAUCCGUGCAGGGGAGUUCAGUGGCGUGGGAUGUCACCUCCGCUGACGGCAGUUCCCCCGGCGAAGAGGAGCUGCAUGUAAGCGACGAUUUUAUAGAUUGGGAAGCUUUGUUAGAACCUGAAACUGCCGUGCUGGAGUCGCCGCAGUCUGAUCCACUGGUGUCGCCCGUUGAACCUUGCGGAUCCAGUAGUAUACCGCCAGCUCUGGCCGAGCCCACUCGAGUUGAAACAACUCAAACCGCCAAUACUCAGGCUGAAGGGCAGGAACUAGGACAGCUAUCUUCGGCUGAUGUAGGCGACUCAGAGGGUGGGCAUUCGUCAGCAUCACUUGUGGGACCAAGUCCUGGGUCUGCCGAAGGUUCCUCUGAGGAUGCGGAAGUCCUUAGUCAUCCGUAUGUUCGGCUGCCAGUGUUGGAGGAGGGUGUUGUACCUAGACUCCUCAACACAUCCAUCCUCUUCUAUCCAAAGCCGGAUUUUAUGCCGCCCUAUUUUUGUCUAAACGAUUUGCGGCAGCUGUUUGCGCGUAAAACACUGAAUCAGAGAGAUGCAGAUGCCCUCGUAAGUGCUCUAGAGGAAUUGAUAAACAUGAUAUGGUUUCAGGCGCAAUGUGAGCACAAGGACAUACGGCCAGCUACUAUUGCAGGAACCUACUCGGUAUUAUUCUUGGCAUUCGAUUCGCUCGCUUGCGCUAUUCAACUUUUUGGUGACAGGAUGCAGCUUCCUCUGUGGUGGGACAGAUUCGUAGGAGUCAUCGAUACCCGUUUGAAGUUGGACUCACCAAUAAUGUCAGGACAGGGGGGCAUGUGUAGGCGGCUCACGAAACGUCUGGCUGCUGCGUUGAGUGUCUACAAGACGGGGCAACGCCCACCGCUUACGGAGGUAGUUGCGCUGAAAAAGCUUGUAUUUUGUUCCCGUGAUAGGCCCGGGAUGUUUAGAAGGCUAGAGUGGGAUCCUUGGCGACUGGAUGCAGGAUGCGAGUAA